AUGCAUACUGUUGUCUACCGCGGCUGUGCGCGCGCUAAUUUGAACUUGCUGUACGCAUCUACCUCGUACGCAUCCUCGACGACAACGACACACCGGCGACGGCCCGUGUCAACGUCGUCUUCGUCGUCAACAUCUUCAUCAAGCGCGAACCCAUAUCCAUACCCAACAGCGUCACAUCCAUCGCCACAUCAGAUCUUUCACUUGCCGCCGAGCGCGUCGCAGGCGGAGAUCAAGGCUCGCUACUACCAACUCGUCCGGGUCUACCACCCUGACGCACCCACCGCGCGGCUCAUACCACCAGACGUCGCCCAAGCGCGGUUCCACGCCAUCUCCCGCGCAUAUGAUGUCCUGCGCGGGCGCUCUCCUUCAGGCGCUCUCGACGAUGGAUCAGGGCUGGGAGUAGGACUGGGUCAACGCGUGCGAGAUUUUCAUGAUUUGAGCUCGGCGAUGCGGAGACGCGCGAGGAGGCGAGGGGCGGAGAUGAACGUGCCGAUGGAUGACCGGUGGAAGGAUAGACUGUUCUUGGGGUCGCUGUUGGUCGCGGUUGGAGUCUUCGUGAUGCAGACAAGUAUGGCCAGGCGGAGCAGUAUCGGCGAGGCAUUGGACCGGGGGGCGUUUGAGGCGGCAGUGAUUAGGGCCAGAGUCGGUGAAAGUAGUGACCGAACCAGGACUGGAGAAGGCACCAUGCGGCGAUCAAGAGGGGACGACGACGCAUUGGACGCAGAGGCCGGAGUUCGGAGUGGACGCGAAUGA